CAACGUUUUGCCUUAAACCACAGCACAUCCUGCUCCUGUGUGCACCUGAGGACUAGAGCAAAGUUGAGGCAGCAUGGAUGUAAGUACUUCAUCAAAUUCUCAGAUCUCUACUCUGCAUUCUGAUCCUCUGUGUGGCAGCUGCCCGUCCUCUGGUUCUGCCCCACAGGCUAACAGCCUUUGGCCCAGCCUGUCACCUUCUGGAGCUGGAUUCCCCACUUGGCCAGGACAGGCCACUCAACCCGCACCGUGCUGGACAGGCCAGCCAAACACACCCUGCUGGCCUGGGAUGCAACCAGCUCCAGUCUCUGUCCCCACUUCAAUUCCACUCCAAUCUCCCACUCAAGUCAUAACACCACCUCCUGCGCCAACCACAACUGUAGUUCCAGCUCCAACUGCAGUGCAGCCCUGUCAGCCUUGCUGGCCAGGCAUCCAGUACCAGCCUCCUCAGCCACCAGCUCCAAUUCAAGUUCAAGUCCCAAAUCCAACUCCAACUCCAGUUCCAGUGCCUGCACCUGCUCCCAGCAUCCAUCCAAAUGUACCAGGCUGGCCUGCAAAUCCCGGCUGGCCCUAUAACCCGGGACAAUCAGGAUGGCCUGGGCAGAAUCCAUCCAUCAUGCCUCCCCACUGGCUCCCACCCACAUCUGGACCUCUAAGCGUGCCAUACAACUUGAACCUGGCCCGAGGGGUGUAUGACAAAAUGAUGAUGACGAUCUUGGGCUAUGUGAAACCUAACGCUAAAAUGUUCACAGUGAACUUCCUCAGAGGCAACGACAUCGCCUUUCACAUCAACCCCCGCUUCAACGAGGCGGGCAAGCAGGUGCUUGUCCGCAACCACAAACUGGGUGAACGCUGGGGUGCCGAAGAGAGAGACCUGAAGGGUCCCUUCCCUUUUGCGCUUGGGAGCCCUUUUGAGAUGAAGAUCCUGUGCACGCCUGAGACGUUCAGGGUGGCAGUGAACAACAUCCCCCUGUUUGAGUUCCGUCACCGCAUCAGAGAGCUCAACCAGAUCGACAGAAUCAACAUCUUGCAUGAUGUCGUCCUCACAUACGUCAAUGUGGAGACACUUCCUUAAGAAAUUCAGCUUUAGCCACACAGAUGAACGCAUAUAUACGACUGUGUGUUUAUGCAGCAGAGAUACAUAUACGUAGAUUAAUGGUGUGACACAUACUCUUACGGUAUUUACAGGCUACAUCUUGGGGGUAACGUUUCAGUUAAUGUUUAGCAUUAUGCUCUAAAAUGGGAUAAAUAAGCAUGUUAGUUGGUCCUGUGAUGUGUAAGGUAAUGAGCUGAGCUCAUUGUUUAACAAUAAGGAAUACGUCCUGUGCCACAGCACUAAUCACUUCAUGCACAGAGGCAUUUGAUUUUCUGUAUAGAUGCUACUGCUACUAUUUUUAUUGUAGACAAUAACAUAAUCUAUAAUAUGAAAGUCCUACUAACUAAUAGAUAACUGAGAACUAUGUAUGCACCGAUGUUGGAAAAAAACGGCAACACUGGUUCAUGAUUAUUACCUCUCGAUUAGUAUUAACUGUAGAAAUCCUUUAAUAAUAAAUGUACAAGGGUCCUAGUGUAAUCAAGUCCAUGUUUUUAUUGUGUUUUGUUUUAACAGAUCAACACUAUGAAACUGUAUAACAGUAAAAUAAGAGAAAUUCUCUUUCAGAGAAAUAAAAAAUCAGCACAAACGUAUAAAAGGAACUAACUGGAUGAUCGACUGUGUGAUACAUGUCGACAAGCAAUCGUUUCACCAAAGUUACAGUGAGUUUUACAAGGAAAACACCAUCAGCUACCUCUGUCAACGACUGACAGAGGUAGCCUGAAAAGCUCUUUCCUACAGUAAAAACUCAGUGAAACCAUUUCUGUCCUCACUCCUUUAAGCCCAAACGUUAGCAUUUUUACCUCAAGAGCAGCAUAUUGUUAAAUUAUAGAUAUUGUACCAGACCCUUAAGCUAACAUCACAUUUGGGUCAAGGCUUCAACUUCCACAAAACAGAACAGCUACACAGACGACGAGGCGGAAUUUUGAGCCUGGAUAUUUAUACUGGGAACAAAUAAUGAUUAGCUUCAUCUUAUGGACAUAAUUUGUUUUUAAAUUCAGUAAAAACUAAAAACAUCUCAGUACGUUUCUAUCCACAUAUAUUUACUUUGCUUAAAAAAUAUUACUCUCAUCCAAUUACUAACAGUUUAAUAGCAGAAAAAAAUAAAUAAACAAAAGUUGUGUGUAUAAUUAACAAAAA